ACUCAGGGUCAGUCAGGAGGACUCAAUGACACCACUACUGCACCCAUGCUUAUUUUGUAUCCAUUCAUCAAAUUAGCUGUAUAUCGGUGUGAUAUAUAACCUGAAAGGCUGUUCAUCUAUACUUACAUUACACUUGGAUUAAGUGUCAGUGUGGAGUGGGAACUCUAGGACUGCUUAUCUUGAGGUCUGUGAUGACUAUGGACAGUGCACUAUGCUGACUAGAGGUAAAGGCUACCCAGAUUGGCUGCCAUGAUCAGCACAUCAAGCACUCGUCCGUUCCUGGCGGUUGCGCCUCGCAUUUCUCCAAACAUGGCCACAGACACAGAGGAGGACAGUGAGGAUGAAAUAGAUAAAACCUCUCCUGGCCCAGGGCGUCUGUUCAAUGUGAACAACAGUAACAACAAUGAGGAGGAGGAGAAGAAAAAGAAGAAAAAGGAGAAGAAAGAAAAGAAAGAGAAAAAAGAGAAAAAGAAAGAAAAGAUGAAGCAGAAAGAGCAGGAGGAGAAAGAAAAGGAGGAGAAAGAAAAGGAGGAGAAAGAAAAGGAGGAGAAAGAAAAGGAGGAAAAAGAAAAAAAGGAAAAAGAGGAAAAGGAGAAAAAGGAGAAAGAGAAAAAGGAGGGGCCCAAAGAAGGGUUUUUCAUUAAUCCAGCUGGCAGUCUGUACUACAACUGGCUGUUCAUUAUCACAAUACCAGUCAUGUACAAUUGGACCAUGAUAAUAGCCAGGGCCUGCUUUGAGGAGCUGCAGCAUAAUCACCUAGUCACCUGGAUGAUUCUGGAUUACAUCUCUGAUGUCCUCUACCUGGCUGACAUGGCCUUCAGGACCAGGACAGCCUACCUGGAGCAAGGCCUGCUGGUCAAAGACAAGAAGCUGCUGUUGGAGCGUUAUAUCAGCAGCCUCCAGUUCAAGCUGGACGCCGUCUCCAUGUUGCCCACCGAUGUGUUUUACAUCUACCUGGGGAUCAACUACCCCGAGAUCCGCCUCAACAAGCUCCUCCGAAUCACGCGUAUGAUGGAGUUCUUCACCCGCACCGAGACCAAGACCAACUACACCAACCUCUUCCGCAUCUCCAACCUGGUCAUGUACAUCAUCAUCAUCAUCCACUGGAACGCCUGCCUCUACUACUCCUUCUCUAAGUCCAUCGGCUUCGGCUCUGACCCCUGGGUCUACCCGGACCUGAAUGACCCAGAAGAGCCAGAGUUCGGGGAACUGGGGAGGAAGUACUCCUUCAGCCUCUACUGGUCCACGCUGACGCUGACCACCAUCGGCGAGACGCCAUCACCGGAGCUGGACUCAGAGUUCUUCUUCCAUGUGCUGGACUUCCUUGUGGGUGUGCUUAUCUUCGCCACCCUGGUGGGCAACAUCAGCUCCAUGAUCUCCAACAUCAGCGCCGCGCGGGUCGAGUUUCAGGCACGCAUCGACAACAUCAAGCAGUACAUGCAGAAGUGGAAGGUGGACAAGGAACUGGAGCUGCGAGUCAUCACGUGGUUCGACUACCUGUGGACCAACGACAAGGCUCAGGACGAAAGGGAGACGCUGCGGUACCUGCCCGACAAGCUCAGGGCCGAAAUCGCCAUUAACGUCCACCUGGAUACUCUCAAGAAGGUCCGCAUCUUCGCUGACUGCGAAGCAGGCCUGCUUAUUGAGCUGGUGCUCAAGUUGCAGCCUCAGGUCUUCAGCCCUGGCGACUACAUCUGUAAGAAGGGUGACAUCGGCCGUGAGAUGUAUAUUGUCAAGGAGGGCAAGCUGGCGGUGGUGGCUGACGAUGGCAUCAAGCAGUUCUGCGUGCUGGGAGACGGCAGCUACUUUGGGGAGAUUAGUAUCCUAGCGAUAAAGGGUUCUAAGGCAGGGAACCGGAGGACGGCCAACAUCCGCAGCAUUGGCUACUCAGAUCUCUUCUGCCUGUCCAAGGAUGACCUGAUGGAGUCAUUGACCGAGUACCCGGAAGCCAAGGGCAUGCUGGAGGAGAAAGGUCGUCAGAUCCUGCUGAAGGACGGCCUGCUGGAACUGGACCCUUCCAAAAUUAUCCCCGAAACCACAGAAAUCGAGGAAAAGGUGAACCGCAUGUACAGCAACCUGGAGUUGAUGCAGACCAAGCUGAAGAAGCUGCUGGGAGACUACAGCACCAGCCAGAGGGCAACGAGGGAACGCAUCGCUGAGAUAGAGAGGCUGACUGGAGAGGUUGUAGCAGAGGAGGACCUAGAUGAGGAGGAGAAGGAGGGAGGGGAGGAGGAGAAGGAGGGAGGGGAGGAGGAGAAAAAGGGAGAGGAGGAGGAGAAAAAGGAAGGGGAGGCAGAGGAGAAGAAGGAUGAGGAGAAGAAAGAGGAGGGGGAGGAGGAGGAGGAGGAGGAGGAGGAGGAGGAGAAGUAGAGUUUUUGUGAGAAAAAUAAAAACUGCUUGAAUUGAAGUCUGCUUGAAUAUUGGUUAAAACAAAAGGCAUUUUUUUUCUGGUUGAAGGGUUUUCAGCUUUUGGGAAAUCUAUGAUUAUUGAAAGCUAAUGUAACAGACUUAUUACACUAUUUUUAUUAAGAUAAUUCAACUACUAGAGGGCACCAGGGGCCAUAAAACUACAUGUAUAACUUUCACACGGGUCUUUUUUAAAUGUUUGGACCCCAUGUGUAACACACAAAUUGACCACAUGAAGAAAGUAUAUGAUAUGAAUUGGCAAACUGCCAGUCAGAAAGCAAUACUGCCCAAGCGUGACUAUUGUGCUGUGGUUAACCCUCAAACUACUCAAACUACUAUCAAUAUUUUUUUAGCUUAGCCCAAAGUUAGUUUAUUAAAUUCUUCAAAUGUUUCAUGACUUUGUCAAUCAAUGUUUUUUUUUAAUACAUCAAUAUCAUUGGUUAGUGUUUCUGUAUCAAUAUGGACUUUAAAAAAAGGCAAGUAUUUUGGGGUAAUUUCGACCCCAGCCAAAAACAACUAAAUCAUCUGCAGUGAUGUAGCUCCCCAUGUACUCAUCUAAGAAUGUACUUUUCUAUACCAUAUAUCGUGUACAAAACCAAGAUUAUUGUAUUUUUGUGCAUAUUAAAAACUGACAAUGGUAUAUGAAGUCUUCCAAUGGUAUAUACUGUAUAAUUGAUAGAACUGCAAUACAGAACUCGAAUGCGCUCUGAAUCUACACAGAGACCUGUAUCGAUGUGUAUUCUCGGAAAACGAGUUAUUCUUGGGCAAAUCUAAAAACGUAUUUAUUUGAAUCCUGGUUUCUUUGGAGACAUAUUAUUAAGUUCUACAUAUCCUCAGAGGGUGUG